CCUUAUGCAGCUGCUUGUCAACAAGAUGGCCUUCCUCCUCCUGCCGUUUUGACACUGAGUAUUUUGGUAUCCCCGAGAACAUACCGUAAAAAGCCCGUGUCACUUCUAAAUAGAUAGCGGGACAGCGGUCGCCCAGAGACCUAACAAGGCCCCCGGUCCGCCACGCUGUGUCCGGAGAGCUGACAAGGGGCGCAGGAGCCUCCACAGCCGCCGUCCCCGCAGCAGCGUUUCGAUCCUACGGGGUAGCUAGCUGCUGCUAAUGUCGACCCUUAGCCAGCCAGCCAGCCAGCCAGCUAGCUAGCUAGCUUAGCUACGUGGACACGGAUAGUUAACUCGUGUCACCUGCAUUUCACCAGACAAACUGAUUAUUGGGUUGGAGGGAAAUACUACGAGGAGACACUUGGCAUCGACCCGUCCACAAGUCAACAAGGCUGUUUGUGGAAAGCAAAGCUUUCCAGGUUGCAUGCCCAGUGUUGCCGGCGGCCUCGGUGACGGGACUGUGCCCGUCAGGUCGGCACCGGGACAGGGAGCUGAGAAUGAGAGCCUUGGCUCCGGGGGUCUGCUGGCCAGCAUAGAUGCCGAUAUGCCCCGGUGGUCCGCAUCCUGAUGGACCGAGACACCUUCUCCCACAUCCGCCUGUGGUGCCCGCGCCCCUUUGGCACCUACUCCCAGAACAAAGCCAGGAGCCCAGGCUCGGGGGGCAGCGGCGGCGGCGGCGGCGGUGGCGGGUCGGGGUCCUCCUCCCUCUGCAAGGCUGAGGCCUCGCCAGGCGCCCGAAGGACGGUGGAUGGAAGUGAAGAUGGCGGGAUGAUAGUGGGUGUGCAGGAGGAAAAUGCAGAAGGGGAGGAUGCAGGCUCGGAGAACACUCCACCCGAGCUCGCCCAAAGCUCUCAGAGCCACGCCCCUCCACCUUCAUCAGCACCUCCCUCAACACCGUCUACGGGGUCCCAGGUGGAAGAUGGCCGCGUACUGUUGGACACCUGGUACGUCAUUAAACCGGGAAACACCAAGGAGAAGAUCGCCUUCUUUGUCGCACACCAGUUCAGCGGAGCAGGCCAGCCUCGACCCAGCGCCAUGAAGGUCAAAGGUAACUGGGCAACUGACUGCAGUAAAGCCAAAAGACGGAGACGCUGCUCAUCCUAUGACCCUCCAACUCGCUCCCAGGCCUCUGAGCAGAACCUCACCCACGACUCCUCACUCGCGCCUCUCUGCUCCGAGGAGCCCCCUCUAGGCGGGGUGAAUGAGACGGACCUGCUGUCGGUGGCGGAGAUGGUCGCCCUGGUCGAGCAGAGGACCGCCAUGGCCCUCCAGGGAAUCGUGGCGGUUCACGGGAAUCAACACCACCUCGAGGGCCCGAAUACCACGGACAGCCAGGGCCUUACCCAGCACCAGCACACCCUUCUCCGGAGCACGGUGUCGGACCCCACUCCCAUCACGUUUCUGUCGGACAGUUCCAACGGCCAUCCCUCCAAAGUGGCCCGGGAGCCAUCGUCUCCUAUCCAGACGGACCAGGAGCUUGAGGAGCAGCAGGAGUCCUUGAGGGUAGCCCAGGCCAUAGCGCACUUUGAGUCCCAGAACCAGGGGAAUCGCUUCCACCUGGGCGCCGGUCCUGUAACAGACUCUCCCAAUCGAGAAGGAGAAAAGGAGCGUAGGAGAGGUGGGGAGUCCGGCAUCGCGGCGCCUCCUCCGCCCCCCAGCCACAGCCACGGGGAGGUUAGAAUAGCUUUCCGGGUGUCCAAUCUGGAUCCACGUUCCCAGCUGGAGCCAGCCGGCCGGUCCCGCUGUAUGUUCAUGAGCUGUGGCGGCGGAGGCAACCAGGCGGCGGCCCGGGCCAAAGAGAAAAUCACCUGUGACCUCUACCAGCUAGUCAGCCCCUCGUCUAGAGACCCCGGCAGUCUGCUGCUCGCCGCCACAACUGCUGCCCCAAAGCCGGAUGGAGACCUCCAUCACCCGGACAGGCAGGCCUGCGGCACCCCGGACCCCACCCAGGAGGAGAAGAAGGCCGCGGGGAGGGAGCGAGUGACCGGCUUCCACGUGGAGGUGGUGGUGACCGGCGCCGUCGAUCAAUGUGUGUUUUACGGAAAGGACAGUACGGAGAAUGUGCAGGAGGAGACGGUGUGCUUCGCUAUGACCAGUGGAGGAGGAGGAGGAGGAGGCGGGGGGGGUGUAGGCAGCUCUAGUGACCCUUCAGCCGAUGAUCCUCCCCCCGGACAACUCUUCUUCCUCCAGCCCCCGCGGGGCCCGGAGGAGGAGGCAAAAGGAACGGGCCCCGGCAGCGGGUCCGGCAUCUGCUCUUUGGACUGCGCCAACAACAACGGCCCCGGGUCGGGCGCGGCGGUGAGCUCGGGGGAGCGGGGGAGCCGACCGGACUCUCCCGGCGUUGGCGAGGACUGCUCGGACCCGUCGCUGUGUCGCCUCUACUCGCCACGUGUCUCACGACUUUCUGGAGAUCCGCUUCCAGAUCCAGCGGCUUCUUCGAGCUGCGGCAGUACAUGCUGCUGCUGUCCGACCACAUCAUGGUCAACAUCUUCGGCUACCUGCCGACGCGCUCGCUGGCCGCUCUCAAAUGCACCUGCUACUACUUCAAGGCGCUGAUCGAGACGUACGGGGUGCGGCCGGUGGACUCUCCGCUGGAACCAAGACUCUCUCUACAGGGACGACCCCUGCAAGCAGUGCAAGCGGCAGUACGAGGCGCGGCGACGUCUCGCUGUGCCGCUGCCACCCCAAAACCUUA